GGACGCAAAAGGGCAGAAAAAUACCCACCACUGUACGCCGGUGUAGGCUACUGUACACCACUUCCAGAGCACCCCCGGCUGCACAUCAUGAUUCGGCCGCGGGACGAGGCGCGGGAGUCGGGACAUGCUGUGAGACACAUACAACUUUGUGUGGUGGUGGUGGUGUUUGUGAGUUGUGCUUGUGAGGGGGAGAUGAGGGUGUCUCAGGUGGUGCCGCACUGACUGGCAGGUGGUGAGGAAGAAAAAAGUCGCGUUGAGUCGUCUGGUGGUUCAGCUGGGUUCGAGACAUGAGAAAACAUCGAAUUGGGAAGAGGUCGGGCCCGGCCAAUGUGGAGCCUCCAGUUCAAACAAUGUUUCGAUUCGUGGAGAUCCAUCCAUCCCAAGGUGUCAAGGAUGGUAGUAUGGCUCCUUCUCCCGCGAGUGGAGAGUGGUUGGCGUGGUGGGAACGUCGUGUUCAUCCCAAGCAACGAAAUCCCAAGAAAUGGAAGGCCCUCUUCACGUCUGCUCCUCACGUCUUCUCUCAAACGCCUUGCUUGUGGUGUUCCUUCCUGCCACCUGAGAUCAAAUUUGCGGGUCCCAAGUGUAUCAUCAAACCAAUUGGGAUUGGUUCACGUAGCAAUUGGCAGGAUCGGGGUCUUCUGGGUCUUCUGUCUCCACGCAGGGCAUCGUCGGUUCGGCGCUUGUUCCUUCCUUCUCAGCUCGUGGAGAGGGACACGGGCAAUUCCUGGCUAAUUCCAUCUGACUGUAACCUUUCUAUCUUUCAAAGUCAUUUUGAAAAGGGACUCUUCAACACUCAAUCAACACCUUGUUCACCACCUCACACACAAACACACACACUCCUUACAGCAGGGCUGAAUAGAGUGUCAAGGGUCCAGCCUCAUACAACACAACAACAACAACAACAACGACUCUUUACCACUACAACCCAUUAUACCCCAGAAAAUACCAAAAUCAAUAAUUGUUAACGCUGUUCGCUGUUGCGCUCGCUGCCCGGGGGACCCUUCACCAGAAACAGAGAAUCCAUAAUCGAGAUCCAAACCCCAGUCCAAACAGUCCCCCCGUCCCCAGCCUCCAACCGAAGCAGCUCUCAGCUCUCAGCUCCUGUUUUGCAAAAAAGACAUAUCGAUAC